GAAACUGAAAACCAAACACAAGAAGCUCCGACUGAAUAGACGCCAGAGGCGGCGGCACCACGAAAGCGAAGCCCCCUCCCCUCUACAGUCUCCCCACGCGGGCCACAGUCACAGAUCACCCGCCGCCGCCGCCCCCCCCCUCAAUACCGGCGGAUAUGGAGCGCGCAGGCGCCGCGCCGGGGGUCCCUGCGGCAGGGGAGGGCGCGGCGGCGACGGCGACCCCGGUGGCAGGGGCAGGUGUGGUGAAGGGGAGGUCUUGCAAGGGCUGUCUCUUCUACUCGUCGGUGCUCAGGUCCAAAGGACGCGGCCCCGUCUGCGUCGGCGUUACCCGCGGCAUCCCCCAAGUUCCUGAUCGUAUGGUUGGAGAAAUUGAGCUGGGAGCUAUCCAAGAAGGUCGCAACCUUUCCAACUUCAAAUAUGCAUGUGCUGGAUAUUCCAUAUACCUAGAUGACAAGGAGAGCUCUACACCAAAGGGAGAGAAGUAUGCAGAGCUCCCUAUUUGUGUUGGAGUUGAGUUAUUGACAGACAGAGCUCCAACUAAACAAGCUCCAGCUAAACAAGCUUCAGCUCACAUAAAAAAAGAAGCUACUCAAGCACAUGGACACAAAACUGCGCUGACACAAGCCGAUUUCAUAACCAAAUUUCAGAGGAAUGCUGGGCUUGUGGCCAGUGGUGUGGUUAGGAACAUGAAUAAAGUUGGGACUUAUGUGAAAGACACGGUGGAUGACAUCCUGUACCCAUACCGCAAGCGUCCCAAGUAAAAUCUAGUACUUGUUCUCCUUAAAUCCUGGAGUAGAAUAGAGAAAAAUGUGGGAGCAUGUAAUCUAUUACUUCCAGAGGCACUGGCGUAGGAGUAGCCUCGCUUGGUUUCUGAGGCUCUGGCUGUGGUUUUGCUGUUUGUCAGCUCAUGCCUAACGCUAACAGGCUGUUACAUGCCUGUUUCGAUUCUUAUUGUGUUCCUUUAAUAGAGCCUCUCCGCUGCCCAACUUGCAAUGCAAUCUUCAUUCUGCUGGUUCCUCCAGCAAUGUAACAAAACUAUGAAAGAGCUCAUCUUUCGCCUAUUUAAGGAGCCUUUGGAGAAUAAUAAAUUAAUAAUAGGCCGCCAUUUUGGCUUCCUUUGCUGGAUUUAUUUGGAUUAA